AUGGGUGUAAUUGUGGUGCCAGCUGGCCCCAGGGCGGCCCCCACGCUGAGGGGAGGCAGCUGUGGCGGGGCAGGUAAGCAGGGGCACCUGAGCCCUCAGGGAGCUGCAGAGGGAUCGGCAGCAGAAGCAGGAGGAAAGUGCUGCAUUUCUUCCAUUUUUUUCCUGCUUUUUGGUGUGCGGAGUGGCUGGUGGAACUGUGGACGCCGUGAGCUAGUUGUCUUCUGUUCUGGAUCGCAUGAAGUAAACCCUCCUACACCAAAUCCACCUGAGAAGUUCUCCCUGAUAAGGAAUAGGAUGGUGUCGUUUCUUCAGCCUUCUGAACCAGAAAUCUCUUGUAUCAUCGCCUCACGCUGCUCAUGGAUGACAUCUACAGAUAAUUUUGGAAGACCAGACUGGGUAUUGUCUUCAGUCAGUGUCCUGGUGUCUCAUGAGAGGCAGCAGCUGCUUCUGGAAAACAGUUCCUCCCAAGGAGUUGUUGAAGGAGACAUUUUCCUUCUGAACAUGAGUAGGCUGCCAGACAGAUGCAAGUUCAGCCUGCACAGCCCAAUCCUGCCUGGGAGCGUGGACUCUUGUUUGCUGGAACUAGCCGUAUAUUCACAGGAUGCUGUUCCUCUCCUCCAGAGAUUCACAGUUGAAAUCAGAUAUGUGGACACUAACAGAAAUAUAAUAAUUUCUCUGAAAGUUGGCCAUGAAGAGGAUGCUGGGGUGAAAUGGAAAUCCAUGAUGGCUCAGAUUGGCCGAAUAGAAAGACCUUUUAAAAUCACCUUGCUGUAUUCAAACUGUGGAGCACAAGAGACUGGACUACUGGCAGUGGGCUCCUUGCAGCUCACAAACUGCUUCCAUGAUAAAGAAAACCCAGAUCUUUCUAUAUAUAACAAAGGCUCUUCCUUCCCCUGCCUUCAUGGAGGCUGUGUUAGCCACUUACAAAUCUGUGAAUUCAUCAGUGAUUGCCCUACCGAAGAAGUGGAAGGAGUAAGAUGUGAUAGUCUCCCAGAAGGUUCACAUUGCUCUUUUGAAGAGGGUUCAUGUGGCUGGACACUGAAUGAAACUGCAGCAUUUCCUUGGUCUAUCAGUGGCUUUAAUGAAAUGAUUCACAACGGUUCAUUUGUAGGGUCUACCUUGCAAGCUACUGCAGGACACUUCCUCUAUCUGCGAGCAGAUAGCAAUCAGACAAAUGGCAUCGCCAAGGCCUUCAGUACCAGCUUGCCAGCUAGUAUUGCUACUGAAGAUUACCAGAUCCAAUUCUCAGUGCAUGUUUUUGGCAGCUACAAUGGUACCAUCUCCUUCUCUGCCAGGGAAGAAAAAAAUGGAGUUCCAGUUACCUUGCCAAUAUGGGAAAGAGCAGGGAGCUGGAGUGAUCAUUGGUUUCUCAUCACUUUACCAAUGCCAGUGCUUCAGAACAGGUUUCAACUGCAACUCCUGGCAACCUGGGGUUGGAAUUCCCAAGCUGACAUUGCUAUUGACAAUAUUACAUUUGGAAUGGACUGCUUUGCUGAUGGAAGACAGCCAACUCAUUUUAGUGGAAAGCAUCAGUACCCACGGGAGAUUAGUAGCCGUGAUGAGCAUCUUCUGAACCCCCUGGAAGAGCCCUCCCUCCCAGGGGACACGUCUGUUGUUCUUUGGUGGUUCUCAACAUGUGGUGCCAGUGGUCCACAUGGGCCAACUCAAGCUCAGUGUGACAAUGCCUACAGGGGCAGCAAUGUGUCAGUGAUUGUGGUGAAGGAGGGAAGGCUCCGGGGAGUGCAAGUCUGGAGAGUGCCAGCCACAAACCGAUACAGAAUUUCUGCCUAUGGAGCAGCUGGAGGGAAGGGAGCCAAAAACCACAAUGAGAGGUCCCAUGGGGUCUUCAUCUCGGCCACCUUCCAGCUGGAGAAAGAUGAGCUGCUGUACAUCUUAGUGGGGCAGCAGGGGGAGGAUGCCUGCCCUGGGGCCAAUCCUCAGACCCAGAAGAUCUGCUUAGGGGAGUCAUCUGUCAUUGAAGAAGAUUACAAAAAAAAAAAGGACUUGAAGGACUGGGCUGGAGGAGGCGGGGGUGGAGGAGGAGCAACCUACAUCUUUAGACAGAAGGAUGGGAUUUUCGAACCUUUGCUCAUCGCAGCAGGAGGAGGAGGAAAAGCCUAUUUGAAGGCUCAGGACAACUCCCUGGAUGAUGUUCCCCUGGAGCAAUUUGAGAACAGCACUGCAGUACCAGGAGUCAGUGGAAGAACUGGGGCAGCAGGUGGAGGUGGUGGCUGGCAAGAUGAGACUCUGCUUCCUCAAGCUGGGAAGUCCCUCUUGGAAGGUGGACAAGGGGGUCAAGCUUGUCAACAAGCAUUAGCCAAGCUCCAAUGGGCUACCUCUGGUGGUUUUGGUGGUGGAGGAGGAGCUUGUACGUCUGGUGGAGGAGGUGGAGGUUACAGAGGGGGGCAUGCCUCUAACAAUGAUGAUAUCACAGCUAGUGGGCAGUAUGGCAUCUCAUUUGUGAAUCCCAUUGGAGAGAUCUUCUUGCAUCCACUUGCAGCCGUGGAGAAUGAUGGUGAGGUGGAGGUUCAGAUCUAUCUUAACUGUAGCCACUGUCACUCAGACAACUGUAAGAGAGACCCUGACACCAACCUGCCUGUCUGCCAAUGUGAGAUGGGGGCUGUGCUCGCCAAUGACAAUGUCACCUGCACUGUGCCACACAGUCAUAUCCCAGAGGGACAUCUGCCUCUCCCACUCCUCCUAGCUGUGGUGGCUGUGAUUGUGAUGCUUGGAAUGAUCCUCACUGGUGGCAGCCUAUCUAUCAUUUAUCACCUGAAGAAGCAGCAACUGGAAGGAGCCAGAGCACGACUGCAGAGCCCGGAAUAUAAACUGAGUAAAAUCCGCACAUCAGCCAUCAUGACGGAUUACAACCCCAACUACUGCUUUGCUGGGAAGGCUGCCACUCUGAGUGAGCUGAAGGAGAUCCCACGGAAGAACAUCUCUCUGCUUCGGGCACUAGGACAUGGUGCGUUUGGUGAGGUUUAUGAAGGAACAGUAGUGGGCAUUGCAGGGGAUCCCAAUCCUCUCCAGGUGGCUAUUAAGACACUGCCAGAAGUCUGCUCUGAGCAAGAUGAGAUGGAUUUCCUGAUGGAAGCACUGAUUAUCAGUAAGUUCAAUCAUCAAAAUAUUGUGCAGUGCAUUGGUGUUAGCCUGCAGACGCUGCCUCGCUUCAUUCUGCUUGAGCUCAUGGCUGGAGGAGAUAUGAAGAGUUUUCUUCGACAGAAUCGACCUAGAGCGAAUCAGCCAUCCACGCUAACAAUGCAGGACCUGCUGAACAUAGCUAGGGAUAUCGCCUGUGGCUGUAAAUAUCUGGAAGAGAAUCAUUUCAUACACAGAGAUAUAGCUGCAAGGAAUUGCCUUUUGACCUGUACUGGAGCAGGUCGUAUAGCCAAAAUCGGUGACUUUGGGAUGGCCAGAGAUAUCUACAGAGCAAGUUACUAUCGCAAGGGAGGAAGAGCCAUGCUUCCUGUCAAGUGGAUGCCACCAGAAGCUUUCCUAGAAGGCAUUUUUACCUCCAAAACUGAUACCUGGUCCUUUGGUGUUCUUCUCUGGGAGAUUUUCUCUCUAGGCUACAUGCCCUAUCCCUGCAAAACUAAUCAGGAAGUGCUGGAAUUUGUCACCAGUGGAGGAAGAAUGGAUCCACCAAAGAACUGUCCAGGGCCUGUGUACCGCAUCAUGACGCAGUGCUGGCAGCACAGCCCAGAAUACCGGCCAAAUUUCUCUACCAUCCUGGAAAGAAUCAAGUACUGCACGCAGGACCCUGAUGUGAUCAACACAGAGUUGCCCAUGGAGUGUAGUCCAGCACCAGAGGAUGAAGGGAACACAGUUGUGCGCCCAAAUGUUUCCAGUGGGAUAGUGCCUCUGUUGGUGAGUCCUUCUCUUACACCUCAGAUGACACCUAAAACCCUGGAUUCCCACCGUCCUGGGCAAAAACUUGUACAAUGUCCACAAGAGCUACUGGUGGAGAACCUCAGCAACCGGGCUGCUCGAGGGCCCAGCCUGCCAUGCCUCAGCGAUUUCAGCACAUCCUGGAUCCAGAAUUCAAACCAGAAGUUAGAAUUCAGCAAUCCACCAACCCACAGACUGAAGAACAAAACUAAAAACCUUUGGAAUCCAACCUAUGGAUCAUGGGUGCUAGAGAACAUCAGUCACUUAAGCCCCACCUCCAAACUGAAAGCAACUCCAGAGCGAGAAGAUUCAGGCUUUGAUGGAAAUUGCAGUUCUUCUCCUAGUUCUCGGACAUCUCCAGCAUCUCCAAGUCAAAGCAACUGCCCUCACUUAGAUAUUGGUGGGAUUGAACUGGUGAAACUCCAGACUUUCCCCUGUGGUAAUGUAAAUUAUGCAUAUGAUGAUCUGUGCUAUGGCACUGAUCACCCACCAUCAGUUUUGACAGGGGUCAGAGCAGCUGUGCUAAGGAGCUCCAGUCUGCAUACAGAUGAGAAACCUUUUUAUAAAACAGAUAAAGCUGCAAGAGAGAGGGACUCCGGUCUGUCUUUGUCAGAUGAUCUGAGUGUUACACCAGUAUAACAGAAAAGAUUCCUCCAAAGAUCAGAGAAUGUGUUUCUGGAAGGGCAAACUUGAACUGCUUCCUAUUUCACGUAUUUCCUCCAUGUAAGUUCCUUUAGAGGGGUGAUGUUUCAACAUGAGGGGUGAUGUUUCGACAUCAGCAAUGAUCUUCUUCCUCCUUCUACCUGCCAGAUCCCCAGAUCAUUACAGACAGUUGCAUUUCUACUUCUGUCCACCGAAUGUGUUCCAUUGGACCAACUCAGUUGUAGAGAACAACAGCAUUGCUGCUCUGAGUCAGCAUACAGUACCUAACAAAAGACCUCUUUUUCAAUCAGCUCAGGUGAAAAGAAAUAGACUUAUCAUCCAACCAUAGUGCUUGGAUGGAAAUAAUGACCAACAUAGGCUGCUCUUCUUUCUGACCUAAGAAACCAAAAAUGCAUGCUGUGCCAGCAGUGAACAACUUGUGAAGACCUGCUGGAUUUCCUUGAGCUUUUUACGGUCCUGAAGACGUGCCUAAUGAUGCUCACAUAGUGACAGGAAAGUAGAUGAAUAGCAGCCACAUUUUCAUCUGUUUAAUAGCAGACCCUUUGAAAAACAUGAAGUAACUGCUUAAAUUGGAAGCAGCAAGAAGUAUGAAAAAAAAUCCAGGAUCCUCUGAGCAUGCAUUUUGAAAACAAGCAAUGAAGAGGAAAACAAAUUUACGAUUGAAAAAAAAAAUAGAUGGUGAAACUGAUGGUAUCUCUUUGAAUAACAAGGAAAAUGUGCUGCUUGCCUCAUGGUGUUGUGUUCUUCACAGCUCCUGGUGUGGAAGGGCAGGUGGCUUUCCAAGAAAGAGUGAGCUGACAGGGGUGAUGGGAAAUGGACUGUCUUCAUCUUUUAAUGGACUUUAUUUGGGAUGGACUUCGUUUUUGUAAGUAUUUUGAUACAUGGCAGUAAUUUCCUGUGCUAUGUUGAUAAGCAUUACUGAUGUUCUAAGGUAAUGGUAGAAUUUGGUAGGCUGCAGCUGGUUGCAAUUUUUAUAUAUACUCCUUUGAAGUAGAAACAGAGUAAUGCAAGGGAGCAGAGUGUAGACAACCUGCUUAAUACAGACAUCACCUUACAAUGCCCCUUUUACAGCAAGGCAAAAUAGCUCAGGCCACUUAAGAAAGCUAUAACUGUGACUUGGCUUCACAUACAGAUUGUCAUUCUCUUUAACCUUUCAAGCAUACAAGCUGGUUAAUGUAGUUGGUUUUUUGAAAGAUUAUUUCUAGGCUAUUUUCUGUUAUUUAGGGUCUAAACAGAUGUUUACUGGUUAAAGCCUGGAGCCUGGAAAAGUAAGUAACUUGGUUUAAACCUGAGCAGUCUCAGAAGCAUUUUGUCCCUGUCCCACUCUUGUACUGUGCAUAACCAACUUGCAGUGGCAAACUACAUGCUGCCUUUACAUGUAAUCAAGUUGUAUGCCAUGAUGUUGGCUAUAGAUUCCAUCUUGUUCUCUUCCAAAAGAGGUGCCCCAGUACAAACUACACAUAUAGGGAUUAGCUGUAUGCUUACAGUCUAAAGAUGUGGGUUAGCAGGAUAGAGAUUGCUUUGAAGACAAACUUCAUUUCCUCUGUCACUGAGGGCUGGAUACUGCUGAUAUGUCGUACUGAAUAGCACAGAGUGGAGAGUCUGAAUCCAUCCUUUGUCAGUGAAGUGCUUCUUCAGUUCAGGUUUAAUGCUUUGCUUAUCUGGCUUUGUACUUGUUCCCAGCUUCCUGUAGUCUUAGACCUUAAGCUUCAGAAUGAGUAGUUUUAUAUAUUCUGGUUUCCAGAUCUUACUGAUGAUGAUGAUGAUCCUUUUAGCAGUGAGCUGUAUAGCAUGAAAAAAAUUCCAAAUCCAUGUUGUGAGGUUACAAGUGCUUUUAGCCCAUUGUCUGUCCUACCUUGUGUCCAGGAACUGCUACAGCCAGGUAAGAUGAGGUAGAGUUAGCAGGAAAUUAUGGUACUCGUCCUUCUCCUUGCAGAUGCUAACAUUUCUGGUUAAGUCGCAGGCAGCCCACCUCUACAACCUGCUUGUCAAGAAUAAACAGACCUAAUCUUGGCUAGCUGGAUUAACAGCAGCUCAUCUAUAUACAAUAAUGCUAGCAUUCCAGUGAGAAGCAGGCGGGGGAUCCCUGCUGAGCUCACUUUGAGCUACCGUUGUUUUUCACAUACGCAGCAUGUGCUUCAACUUCAUUCAUGAAUUUAGAGAAGCAAAUAUUGAUAAAACUACAUAAGACAUUGAAAAAUAAAGUGAGAAAAGUAAAGUGAGAGCAGAGUAAAGUUGGUACUAUAGUUUCCACUACUUACCAGUGCUACAGGUGGUCUUGCAUGCAGCUCUCUCUUAAUUUAUUCAUAAAAUGUAAGCAAGUUCAUCAGUCUAGCACUUUGGACAACACAGAUGUUUUCAACGAAUAGUUAAGUCAUAUUUAUAUAUACAGAAAGAACAGGGAAAAAGCUCCACUGAACUACAGUAAACCUCCAUCCAGCCCAAUAUCUUAUCUCUAUGAGUGACCAAUAGCAGGGUGUUGAAGGGCACUUGUAAGAGUAGAAUAAGCAUGCAGUGAUUAUCUCUUACAUGAACAUUGCUAGUUUACAACAGCAUGUAGCUCAGGGUGUACUGAGUCAGAUGUCUCCUAACAAGACAGAACGUGGAUCUGUGCAGACCAAAUAGGCACUAAAAGAAUUGUCUGAGAACUUUAAGCAUCUGCAUUAGCAACGUGCUUUUUAUGUGUGUUCUUACCUCCCUCAAGUAGAAAUAAAGGUAAGCAAACUUCUGUCAACACAGACACCACCAUUCUCUGAUCUGUAAUAGCUUUUCUGCGUGUAUCUGAUCUCUUAGAUGCUUUUCAAAAACCUCAUAGUAAAGAUUUUUUUAAAUGACAAUACAGGAGGAAAUAAUGCUAAUACUGCUCCUACUGUGAUGCAAUAUGCUGUCCAAAACAGGUUAUCUAAAAAGAAAAAUAACUCUAAAUAAUGUAUACUACAACCAAGCACUAAUUCCUACAAUUCUUAGACUGUUAAUACAACGACAGAUUUCACAGUGUCCAAAUUUUACCAUUUCAAAAUACCAUUUACUUGAAAUAGUCUUUUAAGGAGAUGCGCAUAGUGCAAAAUGAAUGAGUUUAACCCAUACUGUCAAAAUUAGAUUACUUGGGCAACUAAAGCCCAAAAAAAUGAUUUUGUUAUGGAGAGGAAUGACUUGAGCUGGAGACUAGCAUUAUUUAGUCAUGUAAUCCACAUGGAAAGUCUUCCAACAGCUCCCCAGUGAAGAAUCUGCCCUGUAUAGGUAUCUAUAAAUUGUUCUUCCCAUUGAGUGUCUACAUUUUAACAAAGACUAUCUAUCUACCACCUCAGUUUUAGAUGUGUGUAUAUAGAGAUGUUUUUUUUUUCUUCUGGAUUCUGCAUUAGUACUUUAUGUUCCUUCAUGCAGCCUCACACCUACAUUUUAAGAGGACUGUAAUAACAAAAGAUGAAAUAAUGCGAAUUUCAAUUUGUCUUUUUUUUCUUUUCACAUUCGUUGAUAUUCUUGUUAUCUUUUCUCUCCUCUACUUCAAGAGUUUUGCAUCUUCAUUUUCCCUUUAAACAGACAGAAUUUUUAACUGUGCACAGAUUUAAGGUUUCCACUUACAUCAACCCUUUUCCCCAGGUAAGUUCUCCACUUACUUGCCAGUGGGCUGGUGUACACUGAGACAGUUUCACAGAUAUAAUUACAUAGAUAUGGGCUUUUGCACGUAUAACUUAUUCCACCUCCAAUACCCUCCUACUACCUUACCUGAAACAGAACUCUACUGCUGGGAAUAUGGUUUUCCCCAAAGUAUGUGCAUCUCUGCAGCAGCGUGAGCCAGGGAUCACUCUUCAAACUGCUGAGCAGCAGUGCUAUGCCAGAUGAGUUUUCUCCUGCAGCUGUGGCAUUGCUCUUCCUGCUCCUAGCUGGAGCAAUCUGAUGCAGAGACCUUAGGCAUGACAUCACUAACAUCUGCUAGUCUCAUCACACAACACUUUUGUUUAAUUGAACCAGUUCUGAUUUGUUGUUACCUCUGAACACGGCAGCACUUCUUGUCAACUUACCUUUUUGGGUGACUACUGUGCAUAAGUAGAUGACAAGCCUGCUUCUAUGCAAUUUCAAGUUGGACAAAUGUAUACUUUAUAUUUGCAACACAAAAUAAAGAGAUGCUAAUGCUGACUACUUGUUUUCCUCUGUGUUAAAUACAGUUUGCACACAGGUAAGAGGACACCAUCUUGCUUGAGAAAGGUUGCCAGUUGUGGAGGACUGACUCCAGGAACAGAGCACUGUUUAUCCCCUACUACCACAAAAGACAGCCUUGUGGAAACAGUUAACUGCUCUGUGUGCAAAGUACAUCUUAACGCAUUAUUUUUUAAUAUGCUGUAAGAAUUGGAUUUUCGAGAGAUAACUUACUUCUAAGAAAGCCUUCAAACUUCGCAUGGUGUUGGGAACAAAGCUGCAAUGUCAGCUUCCAGAUGUCUCAGAACCAGUUUUAUUUCAGGAAAUAGUAGGUUCUAAGCCUAAAACUGCAAGAAACACUAAAAUAAUAAGGUUUUGUCUCUAGCAUUGGGAAGCUCUUUAAGAAAAUAUUAUUCUUCUGUGACCAAAUCACCACGGAUGCCCUUUUUUCCUUCAGUCUCAUGUAUUUAUUAGCAUACACACUUAAGAGUAACAAACACUCAGCCAAUACAGUCAAAAGUGACCACAGUCAGCAUUGCAUUGUAGUGUUCAGAACAGAAGCACUGUUGACAAUACAGGUCAUUUGAUCUCAGUACUGUAAGAAUAACAAAAAAUAAUGACACCAAUACAAAAAAAAAAAGCAAGAGCCCUGUGAGAUACUCACGAGUUUAGUCCAAAUCCCAUUGAAAUCUUUCCCUAUCAUCAGAACUGAAUCGUAAUCAGAUGUUAAGUGAAUAUUCCACGUGCAAAAUACAGAGGCAUUUUAAUUAGCAUCACUUUGGUUAAACUUAAUCCAAAUGUAUAUCCAUGGGGAACCUUAAUGCCUAUCAUUUUUAAACUCAUCCAAUAUGCUUCUUUAUGUACUUCUUUUUAUGUUGUACCUUCCACCAAAGAACCUCAAGGCAUCUUGCAGGCAAAAAUGAAGUACAGCCUCAUACCAUUCUGUGAGGUAUGAGUAGUAUUACUACUAUUACUAGUACUAUUAAUAGUAUUAAUAGUACUAGUACUAUUACCAUCUGUAAAACAGGAACAAAACUGAGGCCGAGGAUAGCUGCCCAAGGCCAAAACACAAGUCACUGUCAAAGCUGGGGAAGAGAAGUCCUAUUGCUAGAUUCACACUGAACUCUGCUGCAUCUAUCUAGUGAGCUUAAUGACCUUGGUGCCUAACUCAGAUGUUAGCUGCUCCAUGCCUGGACAAGCUAUCUUCCCAUGUUGUGGAAACACAUGUGAUUUCAUUGUCUCCAAAGUGAGGGACUACCCCAGCAGAAGCAUUUAAAGAACUGUGUUCCGGACUUGUACGUGAGCAAGUGCCUUGGUUAUCCUGCAUCAGCUCUUAUAUGGCAAAUACCUGUGAUGUUGAUCUCAUACAAAUGUAAGCUUGUUCAAGGCAACUGACUCCAUAGCAAAAGAAAGGUAUCUGCUUCCUCACGGUAGCACGUGAAUGUACACAAAGAGCCACUCAGGGACUUCUGAUGUGAAUCAAGGUUAUCUAACUUACCCUGUGAUCAUUUGCUCAUGAUCUCACAGCCUCCAGUCCCUGAGAGCUCCAGUCCUCACAUUUGCAGUCCUAUACUUGCCAUUUGCUAAUGAAAAGCUCCCUCCUUUGCACCUUUCCUGUAACAGCAGCAUAAUAUUAGAUUGUGGUUUCUUCCUUUCUAGCUCUUUGAUAAGCCAAAGAGUAAUUUUAAAACAAACUUACUAGAACUAUUUAGCAUCUAGAAUGAAUUUCCAGAAUAAGGAAACAAGGACUGCUAUAGCUGAGGUUUUCCUUCUCCCCUCUCCCACCCCCAUCUUCUCACCUACUGCACAGCCCUGAAGAGGUUCCCUUGUUAUCUCCAAGAUGAGGGUCUACAAACCACCCUCGGAGGUGCUAGCAGCAAUCAGGUUUCUGAAGUACUGCUACCACAUUGCUUCUACUUCUUUAAAACAAGACAUGAAUUCCAAAAGUUCAUGACACAUUCUCAAGUGAUGCUGGAGUAUCAGCUAACUUUUACCUCCUAAAUCCACCCCCAUCCAGAAAAUAACACACUGAUGCAAAAGGUUCACAUAUGUUAACAGAAAAAAGCAUUAUGAAAGUUAAUUAGGCAAAACACUAAUUAAUUGUAUCACCCUGUCUCAUUAUACUUUAUUUAACCUUUUCCAGUUCUGUCUGUUUUUGGUUGUUUUUUCCCUAAAUCCCUGAAACUGCAGUCUUAGAGAAAAUGCCUUGUUAUUAAAGGUAGUCCUGUGAGAUUUAUUUACUCCUUUUUUCUCCUUAAGCAUUGCUAGCUGAUAGUUUACCUGUUGGCUGCAGAAAAAGAGGAGGACUUUUUCUUAAUUAAAAAAUAGUAUAAAAAUCACCACAGAUUAAUUUGUCAUCUCAUAGCAAUUCCAAAGUUAGAAGGCAUCAGAAAUUACAACAUGCAAGUUCAAUACCGGAAGCUCACCACAACUUUAAAAAAAAAAAAA